GUGUGGAGACAUGUAAACUGCAUCAUCCCGGCGUUAAGUCUGUUGUCUACGGCAACGUGGCAAAUCUUUUAAUACACUCCAACAUCCGGCGUUUUCGUCGACCAAUCACGAAGUAGCAAGUGGAACCAAAGAACUCUUCUGACCAGUCAAACGUUUGUUUUCGACAAUGAAGCACCGCCCCCUCGACGGGCACAGAAAACGAGUUGGACAGUAUUUCUGUUUUGAGUUCAGUGGUUGUUUCUCAAUAUUAAAAAUUAAGGAAGUUGGUGUAGCGGGAAGUAACAACAUGACAUGGAUAUUCAAGAAAAUGACACAGCUGCAACAGACAUUUUCACUGUUCCACUGCUGAAAGCUUUUCGCCUCUGAAUUUUGAACACUUUGACCAUUUUUGCUAGUAUUGUGAACAGUCGCUAUGCUAAACAGCAACAGAGUUAAAUAGGUAUUGCAAACAGCAACAUCUCCUCGCUCCAGCGAUUUAAACCGACAGGUAACAAGUUACCUGAGCUGCUGCUAUGACCGUGGAGGAGAAACCUGCCUCAGGUGUGAUCACCAAAAUGAAUGUAAUGCGACAUUUGGUCAACUUUGGGGUCAAUCCUGCAGCACUGGCUUAUGCCAUGACUACUCUGGGAUCUGCCAUGAUAAACAAUAUAUUCAGCUUCUACUAUGUCAAACUCUUUCUCAAUAAGUACAAGAUAUCAGAGGGAGCAUUCCACCAAUCACAAGUGGUGUACAUGUUGUGGAAUGCAAUCAAUGACCCUCUUUUUGGCUACCUGCAAGACAACUCCAAGGCGCCCUGCUGCUCUCAGCGGCGUCUCUCUAUUCUGUACGGUGCUCCCCUCUACUCGUUGGCUUUUCUUCUAGCCUGGUUCCCGUGGCGGUCCUACGCCCCUGGCGACUGGUUGAGUGGCUUACACUUGAUGGUGGCACUGUGCGCUUUUGAUGGCAUGCUCACUUUUGUGCUGCUGGCACAAUGUGCCUUGUUUGCAGAGAUUUCCAGCCACCAUCAGAGCCGGUUAAGACUUGUAAAGUACAGCCAGGUGGCUUCUCUCAUCGGCUCCUCCAGUGUCCUCUUCUGUGGCGUGCUGUCCAAAAACAUGGAAGACUUUGCGGCCUUCCAAGCCUUCACAGUGAUGAUCGCUAUCCUGAGCUGUGUCUGCAUGCUCUAUACAGGCUUCCACAGUGAGAGCCGCUAUGAUAGCAAAGGAUCUGAGUCAGAUACACUGGAGUCUGUUGAUCAGUCAGCAGUUUCCUUCUCCAUGUUAAGAACGUUUAUGUGGCAAAUCCUCACCAACAGGGACUUCAAGCUAUUUGUGGUCAUGAACUUCUUUCAGGUUUUCAUUCUGGCUUUCUUUAAUAAUUUUACCAUGAUAUUUGCUGAGCACCUGAUUCCCCCAGAUGUGCUUCCAUCACUGGCCAAGAGUGUCAUGUAUGGAGCGGGAUUCAUCUGCCCACAGCUGUUAGUUUUGAGCUGUGGGAAACUGCUCCAUGAUGUUGGCUACUACAGAAUCAUCCUCUUCACCUUCUAUAUGGAGGCUGGAAUGGCGGCCAUCAUGCUAGCACUUGGUCCUCAGCACUACUAUAUCCUGGCAUUUUUCCUCACCAUUAGCAUGGUCAUAAUUCAAGCAGCCUUCAGUCUUUUUGGCUUGCCUUUGGCUGACAUCAUUGACACCGACCUGCAGAAGUACAAGCGCAGUUCCCCUCUAUCCUCCAUGGUGUUUGGGACGAAUGCUCUGUUCACCAAGCCGGCUCAGUCUCUGGCCCCGAUGACAGUGCUUAAUAUCCUCAACCAGUUUGGAUAUGAACACCUGAAGGAUGCAAGAAGGGAUUCAAACCUAAGCGCCAUGGAGAGCCUCCACAGUGUCAUGUUCUACUUGGUGUGUUUGGUGCCCAUGUGUGUCGCUGCUGCGCAAAUCCUGGCUUGGAGACAGUUUUCCAUACGCAGCAGUCACACAGUUGACAUAAAGUAUAUAGAUGGCUAGCUUCAGUAUUUUCAGCAUUCAGAGGAAGGUGGUUGAUAUUUCUCAAGUUAAGUUUUGAGGAAUUUCUUUAUUGCCAAGAGAGAUCAUGUUGACUGUUUUUGUAAUUUUGAAAGCAAUGUGUAAAUUACUGUAUGUAUGAGAUAAUCCAGGGUUAUAUUGAUGGUGUAAAUCAGAGUGGUGCGCUGACGGGUGACACCAAAUAGAUAAAUAUCAAACAUUUAAAGUACAUGUAAAUGUUUGACAUACAAAAAUAAUCUAUUUAAAGAUGAGGGACCUUAUAUCCUUAAUGAUGAUUUGUUUAAUUUGAAACACAUCCAUUUUUGUACAUUCCUUCAAAUGAUAUCUAAUCUUAAAAGCGCACUGAUGAGCCUGUAAUUACUCCUUUACUAAAUGUUACUGUCUCAUCCUUUUCAAAUGGUCACUGGAUAGCUGGACCAAGUCUCAAAGUUUUUUCAGUUGUGUUAAAUGUCAGACGCUUUUUCCAGUCACUGACCUCAGCAGAUAAUUAGCAGCAACAUAUUGUAAAAUAACUGUGCUCAGUAUAAAACUACCAGUUUCUCCCAAAACCAAUCAUAGGGCUUGUUAAAAUAAUGUGUUUAGCUAAUGUGUCCAGCAAAGAAGCAGAGCUUGUUAAAAAAAACUGAACUGUAUGUGAAUUAGAAAGUUGCUACAAAAAUUAGCUCAAGUUAAAGCACGAAUUCCUGAAACAUAAGUGCUGGCAGUAACAUUCAAAUACUGGUUUACAGCGUUACCAGCCAAAGGUAAUUGACUUGAACCAAUACAUGUCGGGGAAAGGGACCUGAAAGCUGAACAUUAGACACAUACAGUAGACUGACUACUGUAUGUAGCAACAUUUUUCCAUCCUUCCUUGUACAUUUGCUUAAGUAUUUGUGAAGUGCUGUCUUAAAGACUUCACAGAUUUCACAUUCCAGAGCUGAUUUGGUUGUAUGAUUGAAGGCAUUGUCUUAUUGCAAUACAUACACACAGAGAACCUCUAAAGCUGAAAACCAUCAUGUUUUUAGUUAAUAUACAGUAUCAUUCUGUGAUAUCCAUCAGUAUGGUGGAGGGCGUUGAAAAACUAAAAGCACUCCAUUUACUUUGGUUGCGCUCUAUAAUUUGCUGUUUGGAGAUGUGAAUCAGGGUUUCACAGCUGCACAUUGCAAGCACUGCUUACACACUGAUCGCAAAUAGUGGCAGUGUCACCUUUCACAAUCGAGUCCUACGGGGCUCUCUAUGUAUGUUGUGUCUGAUGAGUGAAACACAAGCGAGAGGAAAUGAUCUCAUAUUACAAAUCUCAUGCUUACAAGUUGAGAAUAUGAUGAAAUGGGCCCCAGGUUUGUUAAGUGGCACCUGUUGGUUGACAAGUCUAAUUUUUUAUUUCAGUAUUUUAGUAAAUAAUAGAUUCAUCUUACCUGAAGAAACAGGUGCAAAAUGUCACAAACAUGACAGUUCACCUGAUCAACUCCAGCCAAGCUCCAGAGUAAUUUGACUGUCUAUGGGGCCUCAUACAGACAUAUGUGUCACUCUAAAUCAUAACAAGUACUUGUAUAAUAUUAGAGCUUUAAUGUUUUGAAUCAAAAUCUGUCUCACAUACCGUUUAACACUGUUUACAGUAGAAAGACACGAGGGAGAGAAAUGAAAAGGGAAUAAUUCACAAUAAUUGAAUCUGAACCAAGAUUUUUCAAACACGUCAGUCAAAUCAGCCAAAGUUCAAAUCAUGCAUUUAUUUAUUAAAAAUGUACAUACACUCAUAAACAUCCACUUCGACAUUAUAAGUAACAUAAAAGUAAAUUCUGGUGUUAACUGGCUGGGGCAGGGUUGUAUCUGUGGGUGUUUACAGUGAACAAAAAUAUAUGACAGUUAUAGUACAGAGUGUAACUCAGCACGAUGCCUCAAACAUGUCAAGUUUAUUUUCAUUACAGAACACCUUACUGUAAGUUUCUUAAAAGAUGAUUUUCUGAGCAAAAACAACUCAAGGACCAAAAAGACACAUCCUUUCUUAAUUGAACAUUGUGCUGUAUUAUAUGCUGUAUUAAAUGUAUUGUCAUCUGUAAUGUGCCUUUUUUGUCAUUGCAUCAUUUAUAAUGAUCAACUCUAUUAUGGUCGAAUUCAAUCUGAAUGUAAAUCUUUCAGUUCGGUUUAGAUGGUUUUUGAUUAAAAAUGUUUCUACACAACUA